GGUGAUUUGGUACCAGGCUCGUCUGGAAGGAUAAAAGCACUGACUUGUACAUCGGCUGACCACCGCAAGUCAUUAUACAGGCCACAUACGCACCCAUUAACCACUACGAUUCUGAAUGGAAAGAUCGAUCCGAAUCGAAAUGGUCUGCUGAAGGAUAUCGGGUCAAUAAAUGUCGGAUUCGGUGUUGGCGUUGGUAUACCUGGUAACGACCCAGUAAAAGUUGGAGCGAGGGUGAGAGUUGGAUUUGGCGAAUCUGGACUUGCAGGGCAGCUCCCGAUCGGACAGGAUAUCUAUCCCAGACAGGGACAAUUUCAAUCGCUAAACGACUAUGAUGGCGACAAAUCUAACAUCGUACCAGAUCGUGCACGAAAGUACUGGCAAGCCGUCCAUGUGAGUACUUAUAAAGCCCACCAGGUUGGGGAAUGGAUGAGAAGAAAAGAGAGCACAGCACCCAACAUCUUCCUUUGA